CGUUCACUAAUGCAAAAAUAACAAUAAGAAUCUAGUUUGUAAUAACGUCUAGGAUUUGUAUAAUAGUACCAUAAGAAUCACCCAAAUAUGACUGAGUUGAAACCCGUAAAAGAUUAUAAAACAUAAUUAAACUCAAAGUAUCAGAGUAGUAUUUAAUAGUAAUAGAAAACCUAAAGAACUAGAAGAAUAACCAAAGUUAUCUUUAAUGGAUAAUUUAAAUAGAAUCAAUAAUCUCUAUAAAGCAGUUUCUCAACCUCGAAUUGAUGCAAAAGAAGUCAAUCCACCAUAAUAUUUUUAUAAUCAUAAAUAAGUUUGUUAGAAACCAGAAAUAAAAGUAACAACUAAGGCUGUUAAAGAAAAUUAGAAUAUUAAAACAUUUUUAAAUAAUAAUGAACUUUCAUUAAAAGAUUAUGAUUGGAAACCUACAAAAGGAAAUGCACUUACAACAAAAUCUACUUCUCCUAUUGAUUUUAGUGUUAAAAGUCCAUUAAACAAAGUUUCUCGAACAGAUUCAGUUUUAGCUAAUAAAAAAACAAAUGAUACAGGAGUAACUUUUCUAAAAGGACUUUAUUGA